AUGGUUACUCAGCAACGUCAGAGAGUCACGAAGCAGGUGCUUUUGGAGCUUCGCAAGGGCCUCAUCGGUGACCAAAGUGCCAAAUUCAACUUCUACAAAGAUCACAGGGACUUGUUUGAUGCUAUCAUAGACUACAAACACUAUCUUUCCUUAAAAUUGGAUGUCUUAUUGAUUCUAUCUCACUUAGACAAGGGCAGCUGCAGGGAGCUUGGAAAAUAUGGAACGGAGAUCUUUGUUAGGGUAUUAGAGAUGCAGAUUCCAAAUGACUCCAUGAUUGAGGAUAUUGCUAAGUAUGUCAAGCUAAGGAGAAUCUGUGUAGAGAACUGCACGGAGGCGGAAACAAAUGAGCAGUUCUUCUUCCAAGAAUUCUAUUAUGUGGAACCUUUGAGUUUCUUUAAGCUUGCAGCUGAGCGUCUCAUACGGACCGAUGAAUCUAUAUACAGAGAAAUCGUAUUGGAAUAUAUGACAUACUUAUCCACAUUGCCAUUUGUAAUGACAAGUCAGGACCUAGUGCUGAUUUUGAGGGAUGUGUUUAAUUUCUAUGUGGAUAAAUAUGUGCCCAAAGUCAAUUUCAAAUACGCUAUGGUUACUUCAGCCAAGGAGUCAUAUGACAUGGACUAUGAUGUGUUCUACGAUCCUAACAACACCGGUGCGCAGCUCAUGAAUAAGAGCAGGGGCUCAGCGGGAAGUGAACAAAAGAUUCAACCAUUUGAAUCCCUACCGCAAUGCUUGCAUAUUAGCGACCUUUUUGACGUUCAAUUGAUUUUUGUGAUAUCAAACUUGUUAACAGUAUUGCAAUCGAAUGGUGGAAACCAGUUCUCUUUCUUGGCGGAUAUGAAGGUCAAUGUGUUCUAUGCUUCAUUAUUAAGACACCCUGAUAUAAGAUUGAAAACGUCGGCUUUAUCAUUCUUCUAUUGUCAACUUGGAGAUUCUUGGUACUCGGAAAAUAGAAGUGAUUUCGGCUCAAAUACGGAUAGCAACUUGCCCUUCCCGAUAAAACUAUGGUUACCUACUCUCAUAUCGACUUUGAAUGAACCUGAGCUACCAAUAUUUUUCUCCCCUUUAGAAAUCCUUUGUUCUCUAGCAACAGAGUUCACUGUCGCACAUAAACCGGAAAAUGUUGUGAUUGACACAUUUUUCGAUUCGAAUCUAUUGAAUGGUAUGAUAGACACUUUUUUAAGACUAUUGAGCCUGGAGAAACAAGACACCAACAAACUUCAACUGCUUUCUGAUUAUCUAAAGUUCUUUUCUGAAAUUAUAGGUAAGGAUGAAAGGUGUAGGCUAUUGUUUUUGGAGAACAUCGCGGUUUUACAAUAUAUGGAGAACGCAUUCAGUUCACACUUGCUAAUCUUGAACAAUUUCCGUGAGGAUUGGACACAAUUGAGGAACAUGGCACCCUUACCACCGCUUUUUGAUUCUGAAUUAGUUACUAAUUGGGCAAAGUGCUUGAAGGCUUGCUCCAGAAGUGUGGGAGUUUUAAGGACAUCGUUGAAGAGAAAUAAGCUAGCAGAUUAUACUCUAAAAUUAGCAAGAGAGAUUUAUGAAAUCGUUUCAAUGACGUAUGAUGGUGGAAUUCCGCACCUCUUAUGCCAAGAGCUAAUAUUACUAGGCGAAUUGUUAGGAGCAAUGUCAAACUUUGUUGUCGAAUUUUCUUCUUUAAGAACGCUCAUGAAAAAGAACGGAAUCAUUGCAUUGAUUAAACACAUUUUUACCAACCCUAUAUUCAACUCUGAGUAUUUAGAUCGUGCCCUGAUGCCAGAAUUUGCAAAGGGGAAUCCGAUUAUAGUAUUCCAUAACGAGGCAAGCGUCUAUUCCGAAAUUACGGUCAUCCAGACGAACUCCCUUUGGGUCUUGAGGCAUUUGAUAUACAAUUCAGAGACAUGCGACAAACUAGAAUUGUUAUCUCAGAUUGACUUAGAAUCAAUCCUACAAUUUGUGCAUUCCGCUGAGCCCAGCGUACUAAAUCAAUGUUUCCAAUUGUUGAGAAAUUUGACAUGUAAUUCGAGGAAGGUGAUCAACAUGAUAUUAGAUUCCUUCAAACAUACAGAUAUGCUCGCGAACACAAAUAACGGCAGUGGAGAAGUCAGUGGAAGAGAUGAAUCAUGUACUCAGGGAAACCAGUUCCUAAGGUUUUUAGCUUUGAAAUUGAAAACUGUAUUGCAUGAUGACAGUUAUUACAGUGACAAUAAGAUCGCUGAAGCACUACUCUAUAUAGUGGUCAAUUUCACCGCUAUAAAUGAAAACAAGAGAAACCUGGUUAUUUCCCAGGAUGAACUACUAGAUAUCGUGAAAGAAUAUAUCUUAAUGGCCAAGGGAGAUGAAAUUACUAAAGCGUGUCUUUGGAUAAUCACGAAUCUAAUAUGGGACUCCUCCAUCCAGCACGUCCCUUACAAUAAUUCUCUACCAGAAAACGGAAACCCGCACUUCGACACGGACUGGGCCCUUCAAGAAGGUAGCAGCUCAGCUCUCGAAGACAGAAACGAUGAUCCUCUCGUUAGAAUGCCAUUAAAUGCACGAGCAUCAAACAUGUCUUCAGAAGAAGAAGAAGUCCCAGAACAAGAAGAGCGAGAAGGUGAUUUCGACGAAGAGGAGCAAAGUAAUGACGAAGAAGAGGACUCAACUGAUCCUCAUAAAGAUUUCAUCCGCCCAGCAACUACCACUGGAAACAUUUCGGCUUUAAGUCCAGCAAUCAUAAGGUUCAAAAAGCUCGAUAAGCUAGGUUUCAAUGACGCAGUAAAGAAAAUCUUGGAUUGGAACGGCGAUUUAGACGUAAAGGAACGUGCUAAGACCCUACUAUACCAAAUGGAAACGUUCAGGAAGACCACUAUUCCACCACAUGCAUGA